CAGAACGAGCCACGUCUUUCAACUGAAACGUAGAAAUGAACGUUCUCGUGAAACGGCUGGAAAUGACAGAAACAUUUGCGGCCAGUUUCCGAGCGGUCCUUGUAGUGUUCAGCUGUUGUUUCACACCGGACAUAUUUUGGAAGCGGCACUGCAACCAUGGACGAGGUGUCCCAGCGUGUUUUGGAGUAUUUGACAGAAGUCGAAGAGGCAGCUGAAGAUGUUCUCACCACUAAACAGCAGAUUGUGGAACUGGACACAAAGAGAAACAGGAACAGGGAGGCACUCAAUGCCCUGAAACAUGAUGUGGCAGAUUCAGAGAAAGUCAAGGUUUGCUUGGGAAGCAUGUUUAUCAAAUUCCCCAAAUCCAAGACAAGAGAAAUGAUUCAGAAAGACCAGGAGCAGCUGGACAAAGAGAUAAAUGAUCUUCGCAAAGGGCUGAAAGCAAAAGUGAAUCGUCUCAAUGAGAUGCAAGGAAAACCUGAGCUGAGAGGCUACAGUCUUUCUCCUCUGUCCACUGAUGAAAUCAGAGCUAUUAACAGCCUUUUAAAGAGAUGACUGGAAUUCAACAAAUCACUGCAUCUGGGGACAAAUGCCACAUGCUGACAUGUUGACUGCAGCACUCGGUUGUUCAGAUGGGAGCACAAUGUGCCAGAGCUUCAAGCCAAACCAUCAUCGACAUGAGAACUGAUCGCAUUUUAAAUGUGGGAGUAGCUAAUGUGGAAACCAAUACAACUCCCAUUCUGUCUAAUGGCUAGCAAGAGCUAACCUCACUGAUUGAAAAGAGAAUUUCAGUUGUAUUGAAGUUUUUAUCUGUGACCUCGGUUAACACUUUCCAGAUGAAUUUAUGGUUUCAGUUUUUAGUUUUAACCUUUUUCUUUUCAACUAUAACAUGAUUUUUUUUGUAAAUUGAGUGAAGAGAACAGUUUACCCUUUAUUGUUUGAUCGCUCAGUUCGAGGAGUCGCAACAAGCAUUUGAGAACUAGUAGUUGAUGUCACCACAGACAACUUUUAUAUACAGUAUUUGGCUGUGAUGUAUAUAAUCCAUCCUUCGAGCUAAUAAAAGCUGGUAACAUA